CAAAGAGUACGCUCCACAUGGGGUGCCUCUGCUUUUUUCUGACAUGCAUUGAGUCGGUAGCACUUAAGUCAGGCUGAAUCCCCACGUUAGUCUUUAUGAAUGAGUCGGUCGCACAUGGCUAGUGGAGCUGAAUUCUGAAGGACGUUGUCAAGGGCAUCACUGGCGCUUCUGCUGAUGUCCUUUUGCACACCCAUCGUGUGGUCACAGACUGCCUGUUCGGAGGUGGGAGACACAUAAGGAGUUGGCACCUCUCAACAGGCAGGUCGAAGGAGUAUCUUAAAGUGCAACUGUUUUAACCUCUUGCAUGCCAGAGAAGUGUAAAUAAAACAUCCAGUUUCGGUUCUUGCUGAUGUCCAUAAUAAAGGUGCUGGCUGCCCCUAACCUACUGCCUUGUUUGUGUCUUGCACAGUCCCUAUGACCUGCUCAAGGUUAAACAGGCUCUGCCCUAAAACAGGUCCCCGCCACACCUUGCAAGCUCCUCUCUUUCUCCAACUUCUUGCCUCUGGUCUCUGGGGCAGCCUUUUUUUCCAAUGUCCUUGCAUUGCUAUGUCUCUCCGUCUUAGAGGGUCAAUUUGUCCUCCCACUAAUGACAGCACCACAUUUGCUUUAGCAUCACAAGCCCGGCAAAGGCUUGGCUCGCCUUUGCCUUUAUUCUCAGAUCUUCUUUCUCUUUUUUAAUUAUUAAUACUAUAAGGAAUUAAGUUAAAGGGGAUAUUAUCGCUGCUGGUUGCAGAAGGGUGGGAAGUAAAAAAAAAAAAAGAAGAACUGCAGGUAGCAUCAGUGAUAACGGCUGUGCCUUCCCUGUUAGAGUGGGCUUGGAAUAUACCAUUUCCAUACAUGGGGGAGCUGAGGAAAAUCUAUCCCUUCUUCUUGCUGUUGUAAGCUGGUUUAAUUUGGUAAUUGUGCACUGUAAUAAAGAUGGGAAACAAAUGGCUGCUGGCCUUGCUUUGCUAAACAGCUUGACUCCCUGGGAAUACGCUUUAAAUCAGAUCUUGCUGGCUGUCCCUCCCCCCCAGACCCCUUUCCUUUUCAGUGCUCAUGGGAUGCUGAAGUCUGCAGAUGGUCCACGGCACAGAGUUCUGACUCCAUCCAUGAGGCAUGUAGUCCUCCAGUGUCAGCUGCUGGAACCAAUUUUUCUAUCAUUUUCCAGCUUUUUUUUCAUUUUCUUCCUUUAUUUUAAAAAGCAGCAGAAAAACAAAAAAGAAGAGUCCCUCUGGAUUUUCCAGUCUUCUCCCAUCCAUCAUUCUAUCAUGGCCUGGUUUUCUCAGUGCAGUGGCGAUACAAGGUGUGCUUGCCCCUGACUGGGUCUGACGAACAGGUGGCUGCUGAAACUGAUAAACCAAACAUUGUCCAUGGAUUGGCCCCCUCACUCAGUUUGGACUCGCAGUUGUGCCUGUGACUGUUAAAUGUGGCUGCAUUCAUGAAUGAACUCUCCGGUGAUAGUUGCAUUAUAAUGUUGAUAAUGACAAAAUCCUAAGCAGGUCUAUCCUCUGUCCGGCACUCCCACUUAUAUCAAGCCUUACUACUGUGGCCGUUAGUUAAUAAAACUAAAAUCAGACAUACGCCCUUGGCAGCAAAUACAAACCAGUCACGAUGGGAGACUUAAACAGUUCAGUGGAUUUUUACCCAAAGAACCAGCGGCGGGAGCAGAACCAUGCUGGAGGGUUUGGUUGCACUUUGCAGGAGCUACGCUCUCUCAUGGAGUUGCGAGGAGCUGAGGCCAUUCAGAAAAUACAGGAUAGUUACAGUGAUGUAAAUGGCCUGUGCAGGAGACUGAAAACUUCCCCCACUGAAGGUUUGUCUGAAAAUAUAGCUGACUUUGAAAAGAGAAGGCAGAUUUAUGGUGUGAACUUCAUACCACCCAAAAAACCCAAAACAUUCCUGCAGUUAGUCUGGGAAGCUCUCCAGGACGUGACCCUUAUCAUUUUGGAAAUUGCUGCUAUUGUGUCUCUAGGCCUUUCAUUCUAUGCACCACCAGGAGAACAGAGUGAAAAUUGUGGAAAUGUAUCAGAUGGAGGGCAUGAUGAAGGGGAAGCAGAGGCUGGAUGGAUCGAGGGAGCAGCCAUUUUGCUUUCUGUCAUUUGUGUGGUUUUGGUAACUGCCUUCAAUGACUGGAGUAAGGAAAAACAGUUCCGUGGUCUGCAAAGUCGCAUUGAGCAAGAACAGAGAUUUUCCAUCAUCAGAAAUGGACAAGUCGUACAGAUUCCUGUGGCUGAGCUCAUUGUGGGAGACAUCGCCCAAAUCAAGUAUGGCGACCUGCUGCCCGCAGAUGGAGUUUUGAUCCAGGGGAAUGAUCUCAAAAUUGACGAAAGCUCUUUGACGGGAGAAUCAGACCACGUACGCAAAUCCGUAGAGAAAGAUCCAAUGCUGCUUUCUGGUACCCAUGUCAUGGAGGGUUCUGGCAGAAUGGUGGUGACAGCAGUUGGUGUAAAUUCACAAACUGGAAUCAUAUUCACCUUGCUCGGAGCUGGUGGAGAGGAGGAGGAAAAGAAAGACAAGAAAGGAAAGCAGCAGGAUGGGGCAGUGGAGACUAAUCAGAACAAAGCAAAAAAGCAGGAUGGGGCAGUUGCCAUGGAAAUGCAGCCACUUAAGAGCGCAGAAGGAGGAGAAACGGAAGAAAGGGAAAAGAAGAAAGCCAAUGUUUCCAAAAAGGAGAAAUCCGUUUUGCAGGGGAAGCUUACAAAACUGGCCGUUCAGAUAGGAAAAGCAGGUCUGGUGAUGUCAGCUAUUACGGUUAUCAUCUUGGUGCUCUACUUUGUGAUUCAAACCUUUGUGGUCGAUGGCAAAGUGUGGCUAGCGGAAUGUACCCCUGUCUACGUACAAUACUUUGUCAAAUUCUUCAUCAUUGGAGUCACUGUUCUAGUGGUGGCUGUGCCAGAGGGGCUGCCCCUUGCUGUCACCAUCUCAUUAGCCUAUUCUGUUAAGAAAAUGAUGAAGGACAACAACCUGGUACGGCACUUGGAUGCGUGUGAAACCAUGGGUAAUGCCACUGCUAUCUGCUCAGAUAAAACAGGAACUCUGACUACAAACCGGAUGACAGUUGUCCAGUCUUACAUUGGAGAUAUUCAUAAUAAAGAUAAACCAGAUCCCAGCUCCAUCAAUCACAAAAUUUUGGACCUGCUUGUUAAUGCCAUUGCCAUUAAUUGUGCCUACACCACCAAUAUUCUACCUCCAGAUAAAGAAGGAGCACUUCCCCAGCAAGUAGGCAAUAAAACUGAGUGUGCCCUGCUUGGGUUUGUUCUGGAUAUGCAAAGGGACUACCAUCUAGUGCGAGACCAGAUUCCUGAGGAGAUCCUCUAUAAAGUCUACACAUUUAACUCUGUUCGCAAAUCAAUGAGCACCAUAAUACGCCUACCCAAUGGAGGAUUCAGACUGUACAACAAAGGAGCCUCAGAGAUUGUCCUGAAAAAGUGUUCAAACAUCUUAACUAGUGCUGGUGAUCUCCGAGCAUUCAGGGCGCGGGAUCGGGAGGAAAUGGUAAAAAAAGUAAUCGAACCCAUGGCAUGUGACGGACUGCGUACCAUCUGUAUUGCCUAUCGUGAUUUCCCAGGAGUGCCAGAGCCAGAAUGGGAUAAUGAAAAUGAGAUUGUAGGUGAUCUGACUUGCAUUGGGGUUGUAGGGAUAGAAGAUCCUGUAAGGCCUGAGGUCCCUGAAGCAAUUCGUAAAUGUCAGCGUGCUGGAAUCACAGUUCGAAUGGUCACAGGUGAUAACAUUAACACGGCACGUGCCAUUGCAGCGAAAUGUGGCAUUAUCCAGCCAGGAGAAGACUUCCUAUGCUUGGAAGGGAAAGAGUUCAACCGACGGAUCAGGAACGAAAAAGGAGAGAUAGAACAGGAACGUCUGGAUAAAAUUUGGCCAAAAUUACGAGUACUAGCUCGGUCUUCACCAACUGAUAAACAUACCCUUGUUAAAGGGAUAAUUGACAGCACAAUUGGUGAACAGCGUCAGGUUGUUGCAGUUACAGGAGAUGGUACAAACGAUGGCCCAGCUCUUAAAAAAGCAGAUGUUGGUUUUGCAAUGGGUUUGGCAGGUACUGAUGUUGCCAAGGAAGCAUCCGAUAUCAUUUUAACAGACGAUAACUUCUCCAGCAUAGUCAAGGCUGUUAUGUGGGGCCGCAAUGUAUAUGACAGCAUAUCCAAGUUUCUUCAGUUUCAGCUGACUGUCAAUGUGGUAGCAGUAAUUGUGGCAUUUACUGGGGCCUGUAUUACUCAGGACUCCCCAUUAAAGGCUGUUCAGAUGCUUUGGGUCAACCUUAUUAUGGACACCUUUGCUUCACUGGCUCUUGCAACGGAGCCCCCAACAGAAUCCCUUCUUCUUCGUAAACCAUACGGCAGAAAUAAGCCUCUUAUCUCUCGCACCAUGAUGAAGAAUAUACUUGGCCAUGCUGUAUACCAGCUCAUCAUAAUAUUCACAUUGCUUUUUGCAGGGGAGAUCUUUUUUGAUAUAGACAGCGGCAGAAAUGCUCCUCUACACUCACCUCCUUCUGAGCAUUACACUAUUAUCUUCAACACAUUUGUCAUGAUGCAGUUAUUCAAUGAAAUAAAUGCCCGCAAAAUUCACGGAGAAAGAAAUGUUUUUGAUGGUAUUUUCGGUAACCCAAUUUUUUGUAGCAUUGUGCUGGGCACUUUUGGAGUGCAGAUUAUAAUUGUCCAGUUUGGAGGAAAACCAUUCAGUUGUUCACCGCUGAACACACAACAGUGGCUUUGGUGCCUGUUUGUGGGAUUGGGUGAACUUGUUUGGGGACAGGUUAUAUCCACCAUUCCUUCAAGCCACCUGAAAUGUCUGAAAGAAGCUGGACACGGGCCAGGAAAAGAUGAAAUAAGAGAUGAAGAAUUAGCAGAGGAUGAGGAGGAAAUUGAUCAUGCAGAGAGAGAGCUCCGACGUGGUCAAAUCCUUUGGUUCCGUGGCCUGAACAGAAUCCAAACUCAGAUGGAGGUAGUGAGUACUUUCAAGAGAAGCGGUUCAUUUCAGGGUGCGGUGCGCCGGCGUUCCUCGGUCCUCAGCCAACUCCAUGACGUAACAAAUAUUUCUACCCCUACUCACAUCCGGGUGGUGAAAGCAUUCCGUAGUUCUCUCUACGAAGGCCUAGAAAAACCUGAAUCCAAGAACUCCAUCCACAAUUUCAUGACAACACCUGAGUUUCUAAUCAACGAUUAUAUACAUAACAUUCCCCUGAUUGAUGACACUGAUGUAGAAGACAUUGAGGAGCCUCCAGGCAAGGUGCUGUGGUCUAUUCCUCCUCCAUCUCCUAACAAGAACAACAAUGCCAUCGAUAGUGGCAUUUAUUUGACCACAGAUACGAGCAAGUCGGCUACCUCUUCCAAUCCAGAAAGCCCAUUGCACAGCAUGGAGACUUCUCUUUAACAGAAUACCAAACUGAUCUCCAGUAACCACGAGAACAAGAAAGUAGGACACGGUUCUCUUUUGCUGGUGUGUCAGCAAUUUAAAAAAUGAGGUUGGGGGUAACAAAGCAAAAAAAAAAAAAAAAGACUUUCUAGGUGUAAAUCUGCCAUACAUAAA